AUGAUGAGUUGUUAUAUUUGGUGUGUACAAGUAAUACCUGAGCGCGCUCGUAUUUUGUACUUUAACGAGAAGUACGUUGAAGGACUCAAGGUUGUCGUCAAAAGAUACAGCCGACGAAGUAAUUAUUAUGUAAACAUAGAAGCAAACAUCAAAUAUGAGUGUAACAACAAUGUAACGGUCCAUCUAAUUUUCUACGAGUUCCUACAUAACGAGUACAAGCGCAGUUUCGUAGAGCUGCACUUCAGACUGUGCGAUCUGGUAAACAAGGAUCCGUACCUCGGUAAAGCUCUAGCAAAUGCUGGCUUGACGUCUUGUCCGGUGCCGAAAGGCAAAAUUGCAAUACACAACAUUACGAUCCCAACGAACGACUUUCCCAACGUAUGGCCGUUCGAGAGAUGCAAGGUGGACAUCAGAUUCGAAGUGACAACGACGAACGAGCUGAUCGCCAAUUAUGAAAUAUAUGUGUUCUUCAAAGAUCGGGAUGUCAUUCUUAAGUAUAGCAAGAACUCAAAGAAUUGA